UCCCCUCCCCUCCCCUCCCCUGCCACCAGCCCACCACCACCCCUCCUCAAAACGCCAAAAUUUCCCCACCUCUCCACGCCCUUUCCCCUCCUCCCGAGAUCCCAUCCAUGGCCGCCUCCCGCCCCCGGAUCUGGCGCUGAGCCCGCCAUUGCCGGAUCCCUGCCAGGCCUCCUCCCCGCCGUCGCGCUCCCGGCCCGGUUUUAUUGGGCGCGGCGUGGCAUUCCCUCUCAUCUCGCUGCGUUCACCGGAGGGCGGUGGUUGAUCUGUACCGGCGGGUGCGGCGCGCCUUGCGAUCUCUUGCUGUCGCCGCAGGAGGAUCGGCCGCUCGUCGACGUUGCCAAGCGCGCUCUUUUAAGGCCCGGGGAUUCGCGCGCGCCCCGUGUCCGUGCUGCCGACAGGAGGCCGGGCCUGUCGGAAUGGUCGUUUAAUUGGGGAGAUUUGAUGUGUUGUUGGUGCUGCCGGAUCUCGCCGACAUGUGGAAGCAAUUUAUUGGAAAGCUGUCGUGGAAGGCGAUGAAAUCCAGCUCUGGCGGCGGGGGCACGGGCUCGCCGCCUGCGAAGCUGCCGCCGCACCUACCAUCGCCGCGGGAGAAUGGGGCCUCGCCGCGGGAGAAUGGGGCCACGCCGAAGCCCAACGUCUCGCCUCCGUCUCCCGCGGCGGGAGCCGGAGCCGGGGCCGGAGCCGAGGUGAGGUCUAGGGAGGACGCCUUUGUCCAGAAGGUUAACAUUUGCUGCGCGGUGUACGACUUCUCCGACCGGGGCAAGGACUCGCCGGAGAAGGAGCGGAAGCGGCAGAUGCUCAUGUCCCUGGUCGACUGCAUUGGCGCUGCUGAGGAGCCCCUCACGGAGACAAUGAUAGCAGCGUGCGUGCGCAUGUUCGCCGCUAACCUGUUCAGGGUCUUCCCGCCCAAAGUCCGGUCUGGCACCUCGACUUCGGAGACCGAGGAGGACGAGCCGUUCUUCGAUCCGUCCUGGUACCACUUGCAAGUCGUUUAUGAGUUUCUCCUUAGGUUUGUGACUUCGCCGCUCGUCGAUGCUAAGGUGGCUAGGAAGUAUGUGGAUAGCCCUUUCGUCUCCAAGCUGCUCGAUCUGUUUGAUUCGGAUGACCCAAGAGAAAGGGACUGCUUGAAGACAAUAUUACAUCGGAUAUAUGGCAAGUUCAUGGGAAAUCGACCAUUCAUCCGUAAGGCUGUGAGCAAUAUCUUCUAUAGGUUUGUGUUCGAGACAGAUCAUCACAAUGGGAUCGCCGAGCUGUUGGAGGUCUUUGGCAGUGUAAUAAGUGGGUUUGCCAAGCCAUUGAAGGAGGAACAUAAGUUGUUCUUAUGGAAAGCAUUGAUACCACUUCAUAAGCCGAAAUCAGUGGGAGUGUAUCUGCCACAGCUGACAUAUUGCAUCACACAAUUUAUUGAGAAGGAACCAAAGCUUGCUGGGACUGUGAUCAGAGGCCUGCUAAAGUAUUGGCCAGUUACAAAUAGUCAGAAGGAAAUUAUGUUUUUGGGGGAGUUGGAGGAGGUGCUGGAGUUGACUGACAUGGCUGAAUUUCAGAAGUGCAUGACUCCCUUGUUCCGAAAGAUUGCUAGUUGCCUGAAUAGCUCUCAUUUUCAGGUUGCAGAGAGAGCCUUGUUCCUAUGGAACAACGAGCACCUAUUCGAUAUGAUCUCCCAAAACCGUCAAGUGAUCCUACCGAUUAUAUAUCCAGCUCUGGAGCGGAACACCCGCUGGCACUGGAACCAAUCAGUCCUCAAUGUAACAAUGAACGUGCGGAAAAUGUUCCGUGAAAUGGAUGAGAGGCUGCUUCUAGCCUGCCAAAACAACUUCCAAGAGGAAGAGGAGAAGCGAGCCGCGACUGAGGAGCGGCGGAGGCUCAUGUGGGAGCAGCUGGAGCGGAGCGCUGCUCGUGGGCAUCACCAACCUGUGAUCGCCGCAGACGCAAGCUUUCCUGCGCCCCCUUCGUCGGCUCGUCUUGUAGCCCCAACCGUGACAUGAGAAUGAGAUUGCAACAAAACGUGCUCCGUUUUCACCACCUUGGUAGCUAAGCUAGAUGAAGUUGCUUGCUUCACCGGGGAUGCACAAAGGCAUUUUGUUACCUUCUGUAUGCAUAACCCCCUGUCAAAGUAUGUAAUUAAUAGUUGAUGGUUUGAGGACAAAGGGACAUUUUGAAUUUUGCAUGGCGUAUUCUUGAAAUGGGCAUGUGUUUUCUUCUUGCCUGAAAUCUUGUCUGAUUCUACCAGAGUGCUCUCUGCUCUGUAUAUCUGGAGUCUGGACAGUAUGCAUCGUGGGACUGUGGGAGGAUGACAAGUAACAAGUUUGCAGCUUUCCUUUUUGUA